CUGCUGUAUAAAUAGAGGUGCCGAGCAGCAGAGAGCUCCUGGCAGCCACCAUGCAGGGACUGAGGCUGCUGUGCUGCUGCGUGGCGUCUCUCCUGCUCCUCGGGGCUGCAGAAUUGCAAGUUUCUGCCUCGGGGGGCACUGAAGAUGUUGCCAACUUUGUUGAGAAUCACUUAUCAGCUGGAGACCAGAGCCUAGAGGGGAACGAAGGGGUACUUUGCCCAGACUCUGUACCUCCUGAGAAGACUGUUCUCCUCCAGCCUGCAGACAGCAAUGAGGCAGCAGCCCAGGAAAGGAGCGGAAUGCCACAUGACUGUGGUUCCAAGACAGGUGCUGAUAUAAAUAUCCCUGUUGAUGGCUUGAACAAUGACAGCCAAGAGGAGGACAAUGACAUGAACAUUGCUAAUGCUGCUUCAUCGGUUUCAGAAUGUGAUGCUGCCACAGGCAGCAAUGCUGAUGGAAGUGAGACUGUGGCAAGAGAGACAGAGCCAGCAGAAGGGACUCCUCUCCCAGGGGAAGACAGGGAAGAGCUGCUGGCCAAAGAACAGCCCGGAGGCAGCAGGAGUGAAGCUGCAAAGGAGAACAAGGAGGAGAAGGAGCUCCAUGUGGCAGGGGUGGAAAUCAGGCUGGAAGAGGCUGGGAGGAAAGAGAACAGGCAAAACUCUCCUCCCACCACAGCAGGGAGUUUUGAAGAGAGCACCUGCCUGCCUGCAGAAGAGAGGCAGGUUUCCCAGCGUGGUACAAAGACUCUGGCUAGAGAGGAGGUAGCAGCAGCAGAGCGCCACUCAGGGCCUGACGAUGGCAAAGAUGCUGCCGACAAGGAAAGCGAAGUCAGUGAGGCCUCCCAGAGGAGCGCGCCACCCUCGCCAGCCAGCAGGAGAAUCGCCUCCUCAGGGAGAUGCACAUAGGGCUGAACCUGCUCUAGCAGAGCCAGGAACUCUUGAGGAAGUGGGGACACAGCUGGAAGAAGGCUCUAAAGAAGACAAGAGCCGUAUUCCACAUGCUAGCCAAGGUGCCGAAUCUCACAUGCAAGGUGGGAAUCAUGCAAACAAGCAAGACAAAGAAGUCUCUGGCUCAGAGACCAGUCAUGUCUCUGGGGCCCCUCUUGGGGGCAAUAGACUAGCUGCAAAAGAGAAGGAACCUGAUUCAGACAACAGAACUGGUGACAGUCCUGUGGGAGAGACCACCACUGAUGGCCAGGCAGCGGAAAGGGACCGAGAGGAACCAAGCACUGCCUCUGCUGAGGCAGUAGGAGAAAACCCUAACUUGGAAGCAGAGGAGUCUGAAGAAAGUUCAGAGGAAGAGGAUGAUGACCAGGAAGAGUCUGAGGAAGAGAGUGAUGACUCAGCAGAGGAAGAGGGUGAUGACUCGGCAGAGGAAGAGAAAGAGGCUGCUGGCUUGGCAGAGGAAAAGGGUGGUGAUCCGACAGAGGCAGAGGAAGAGGGGGCUGGCCUGGCAAAGGAAGAGGAAGAGGGGGCUGGCCUCGUAGAGGGGGCUGGCCUGGCAGAGGAAGAGGGUGGUGAUCCGGCAGAGGAAGAGGGUGGUGAUCCGGCAGAGGCAGAGGAAGAGGCUGAAGAAGUCAUUGCCCCAGAUGUCCGAGUGGCUGCUAGUGACAUGGGAGACCAUGGCCAUGUCAAAGAGGAAGAGAUCAGUGGAGGGGAAGCUGAGUCUGAUUCUGCAGGCCAGAAGAAUGCACCCCGCAGAGACAUGGAGCAGGACAAAGCUCACUCUCACAAUAGUAACCCAGCUGUAGCAGGAAGCCUUUCCGUGGAUGCGCAGUUAGUGGCAGAGACAGAUAGCCCACCAGGCAACAACCGUCUUCCUGCUGCUGCUGUGCCUGACCCCAGACAAAUAGAAGAGACAGAAGAUGUUGGGGAGACUGCCAAGAGGGACCGGUCCCAUAUAGAGAGCACCCUUAAACUGAGUGAGGCUAAACCUGCAGACGACUACUCAGCAACACUGCAGCGGUUGAGGAAGAUCUAUCACUCCUCCAUCAAACCCCUGGAGCAGUCCUACAGAUACAACGAGCUCAGGCAGCAUGAGAUCACAGCUUACCAUGGACGUACCCUGGGCUCCUCAGCCACAGAUGGGGAGAUUACAUCCAAGCCAAUGGUGCUGUUUUUGGGACCAUGGAGCGUUGGCAAAUCCACCAUGAUAAACUACCUCCUAGGACUGGAUGACACGCCCUACCAGCUGUACACAGGGGCGGAACCCACCACCUCUGAGUUCACGGUCAUCAUGCAUGGCCCAAAGCUGAAGACCAUCGAGGGCAUCGUGAUGGCUGCUGACAGCGCACGCUCCUUUUCGCCCCUGGAAAAGUUUGGGCAGAACUUCCUGGAGAAGCUGAUCGGGAUAGAGGUGCCUCAUAAGCUUUUAGAGCGGGUCACCUUUGUAGACACACCGGGCAUCAUUGAAAACCGCAAGCAACAGGAACGAGGUUACCCAUUCAAUGACGUGUGCCAGUGGUUCAUCGACAGAGCUGACCUCAUCUUUGUUGUCUUUGACCCUACAAAGCUGGAUGUGGGGCUGGAGCUGGAGAUGCUUUUUCGCCAGCUGAAGGGCCGAGAGUCUCAGAUAAGAAUAAUUUUGAACAAAGCUGACAGUCUCGCCACCCAGGAGCUUAUGAGAGUCUAUGGCGCCUUGUUCUGGAGCUUGGCUCCUCUGAUCAAUGUCACUGAACCUCCCAGGGUCUAUGUCAGUUCCUUCUGGCCCCCAGAGUAUCACCCUGAAACCCACAAGGAUCUGUUCCUUAAAGAAGAGAUCUCACUCCUGGAGGACCUUAACCAGGUGAUUGAAAACAGGCUGGAGAAUAAGAUUGCCUUCAUCCGCCAACAUGCCAUCCGGGUUCGCAUCCACGCCCUCCUGGUCGACCGCUAUCUGCAAACCUACAAGGACAAAAUGACCUUCUUCAGUGAUGGGGAGCUGGUAUUCAAGGACAUUGUGGAAGACCCUGACAAGUUCUACAUCUUCAAGUCCAUCCUGGCAAAGACCAAUGUCAGCAAGUUUGAUCUCCCCAACCGUGAGGCUUAUAAGGACUUCUUUGGCAUCAAUCCCAUCAGCAGCUUCAAGCUGCUAGCUCAGCAGUGCUCCUACAUGGGAGGAUGUUACCUGGAGAAGAUCGAAAGGGCCAUUACUCAUGAGCUUCCUGAUCUCUUGGGGAGUAUUGGCUUGGGGAAGAAGCCUAGUAUUCUCUCCUGUGACACAACUGGCUGUGGUGAAACCCCAAGGAACCGCUAUAGGAAACCAUAACAUGCUAUGUACUAACAUAAUCAUUCAUGUGUUCCUAUUGGUGAAUGAGCUUAUGUCUUAUCUGUCCAAGAAGCCAUGGUUUAUUAACCCUUUGAGUGCCACACUGGCAAGAGCUACUGUACAAGGAGGACUUUGAGUCAUUGACAUUAAUGGCAGGGGAAGCGGGGUGGGCAUAGAAAAGAGAAUAAAGAACUGUGAAUUCCUGACAUUUUAUCUUUGUUAUUUGAAAUAGAAAGCAAUGUUUAAGCUGUAAGUAAAAGCAACAAAUGGUGACCUAAAGCUUUAGCUGCUUUUUCAUUGGUACUGAAGUUCAUGAGUGUGGAACAAGAAGUUCAACCUUUGCAUACACUAAGCAGGCAGGGAGUAGGAAAUGCAGACUCUGGAAUGAUAACCUGGAGGAAGGCUCCAACGCUUUGACCUGGAAAACCGGAGAGGGUCACCCCUGGGGAGAGAGAGAUCCAGCAGAGUAAACGUCAGCUUUUGGUGGCUGUAUAUAGGCAUGAGGACCACAGAAAUGCCUAUAAAUAAAUAAUAAUCUGUUUUUUUCUUUUCAAGACUUGUAGGCCAUCAGGUUCAGUUCUUUGUGAGCUCCAUUUGGAUGACAGUUGAGCUGUAACUCAGAAUCUUUAGCAUUCACCCAGGUAUUAGCCCUCUCCUAUCCCCAGGGGUAGGGAAAGAAAGACCCCAUGUCUGUCUUUAGACUGGAUUCAGUCCAAUCUCUGGGAACAUUUGGCAUUGUUAGCACCAAAUGCAUGUCCCAGGUGGGAUUUGGAAGUCUGGCUCAUAAGGAGAAAUGGACUGGAGCUGAAAGAGCAAAGGCACUUAAGUUGCAUUUGAGAGACAGUGGCAGUAAUUCAAGAAAGUUCAGAAGAAAGCGUUUGAAAGCAUCAGUCUGUCCCUGUGCCUCAGAAGAGACAGGGAGCUUAGUGUAUGCAUUUGCUGUUAGCGUCACGCAGUUGUCGGCAAGUCAAGCACAAACCUUGGUAGGGCUCAGAGGGUUAAUCGAUUUGCAUUUUGACCUUGUUUUUGCCAGUGUUGCAUGUUUUCUCUGAGUCAGAUCCCUGCGUUGUUGUGCGGUUUGGAGGAAGACAGGAACACCCUCCAUUUCGCAGCUGUUGCCUGUUUUCUCUUCCAAUCUUUUUGCUGUAGGUUAGGAAAUCGGAGGUGUCUGGGCCCUAUCUUAUUUGGGCUGAGCCAAGCAGUCAUAUUUAUUUGUUGGCGUUGCCAUGUUGUUCACCUGCCCCAACACACCAACACUCAAAAUUGUGAGUUGCAGGAAAUGAUGCCAUUGGAACCAGUGCCAGCCUCUCUGUGGACAUAGUUCAUUGUAGAUGGGAACUAAAGAACAGGGAAAGUAUGGGAGCCCUCUUCACUAAGCAGGCAUUGUUUGGUUGCAAUAACCCAGCGUGGCUGGUGGUUGAGCUAAGCAUUAACUGAAGAAGAAGGUGGAUGUUGCCCUGAACAGUGAAUGGUGUUCGAGACCUGCUAAAUAGCCUUUCUUCAUUUCUCCCUGUCAAAUGGACCAGAGCUGAGGCUGGUCUUCAGAGAACCUUCUGAGUAGAAGUACUCACUGUAACAUACCUGUGGGCCUUAUCUGCCUGGGGUCAAGAAUUUAAUGAAAUGCCAAGCAAAGCAAGACAAAGAUAGAAAGACAAAAGGAAAUAAGAAAGCCAUAUGUUGGCAUUUUAAAGAAGAAAUUUGAGCAGAUGAGAAAGUGGAAGGUGCUGACCAGAGCCUGUUGGGAGCAUGGCAUUGGGUCUGAAAGGCAGCACAUCUCUGAUCCACAUGUGUGAAUAGAGAUGGAGCUGUGGCUACAGGAGAAUCAAACAUAUCUAGCACUGGUCUGGGAUUCAGCUUCCUUGGUGCCAAAACCUUGAGUUUAAAAUAAACGGUCUUUUAAAGCAAUCCGGGUUAGUUCUAGUGGGCAUUGUUUCAGGGGUGCUUGACUUGGUCCAAAUGUGUCACCCUGGAGGACACAGCCAAUGAGUAAUGAGUCCCCAAAGGCUGGUUGCCGAAGAAGAAACAAGUACAUCAAUGAGUACUGCAAGAGGGCAGGCUACAUGCCGAGGGAUUUUGUGCACAGCACUGAAAGGAACAGGGGCAGCUAAUGAAGGCAAGAAGAGGUGUCAGAGAAACUGGCAUCUGAAAUAGCACAAAGAGAAGUGACAUGCUGGUGAGUCAAUACUGAGUGAGGUCUCAGACUGCCUUGGAGCUGCUUCUUCAAUUCACUUCUGUUCUUCUCCUCCCUUUCUUUUAUGUUACCCCAUUCCUUCUCAUCAUCCUUCUUUGUCUUGGUCACCCACUCUUUCUCACUUCUCAUUGCCCUCCAUUAAGCUUACCUUGUGCUCCUGUCACUUGGCCUAGUUUGCAUGGUGUUCAUAGGAGCAAAUGGAAAAGAAACACUGUCAGAGCUGUGCUAAUUUUGCCACUGCUUCUGCCAUCACAUUAUGUUUUAUUGUCACCAUAAGCAAAUGCCUGUUAAACUUUUCUAAUUCUCUGUGCCUUAUUCUUCCUGCUCGUUCUUUGCCUUUUUGUUUCUCUUCACUGUGCUGUCAUCUUCUUUUUGUCUUUCUUCUGUUCAUGUUCUCUUCCCCUUUUCUUCAGUCUUUCUCCUACCUUUUCUUUCCUCCAUUUCUUGUCAUCCUCUUUUCACUAUACCCAGGUCAUUCCUUCCUAGCUCUCUCUUGCUCACUAGCAUCCUGCUGGUCAUAAAGCUACUGCUCUCCUUUCGGGUGUUGGUGGAAGUGAUGAUUGUGGUGUGGCUGGUGUUACCAAUACGAUACAGAACGAGGAUCAUUGGCAGCAUUGAGGAGGAUGGAGGAUGUAAAGCAUGGUUGUCUACAGGUACUGGGCCUGUUGGUUGACGUCCUGUUGGGUAAGCAUUCAUUGACAAUGAAGAUCUUUGCAUAUACUCAAGAAAAUCUGUAAUCAGAUGAGUUCACCUUUUAACAUGUGACUGACAAAAGCAUAGUACUGGCUCAGAAGCUCAGCACAGAGGCUCAUGCAUUGAUCAUAACCACCUUCCCAUCUGAAAAUUUACACUAGGAUUCUCUUCUUAAAAGCACUCCUGGCGCUCCAAGUUUAACCUCCCUGUGGCCUGAUAUCAGGUGAUUCUUAAGAAACAGUGGACCUAAGAAGUGCAUUUGUUCGUUAAUUUCACAUUAAGCUGGGUCCACUCUUAGCUCUGGUUGGCUACCACAGCCCUUGUUGGGAAUCGGACACAUUUCUGAUGGCCUUUCUUCCCAAGCCCCUUGACACUUGAAAUGACUUGCAUGGCCACAGCAAAUGAUUGUUAGUCUAAGAAGAACUGUAGUUCAAAGCCCAUCUCAUCUGUCACAGUCUGAUGACACAGCAGGCUCCUACCAUCAAUCUGACUGUCUCUGUUUUAUGAAACAAAAUGAACUUGAUUAGAAACAAAAUAUAAAGUGUGACAUGAGUGAUGUGUCUCUGAGUUACAGGAAAUACAUUGGGAAUGAAAACAGGGAGCCGGAAGAUUUUUUAAUUUUGCUAAAAAACCCAACAUCCCUAAACCCACUUUUGUGUGCUUCUUUUUUAACAGAAAUCUGGACAGACAGCAUAUAAGGAAUUACAUGCUGUAAUAUAUUCCAAAUUAGAUGUUCAUGAUAAUGUGCAUUUGGAUAAAAUUGUUGGUCCUGUACAUUAACCCAUCUAAUAAAAUCAGUAUUUUUCAAACACA